CUGGCCCGCCGUCCCCCGGCCGGUGCCCCCUCAGACAGUCGACUGUUGGCUGAGCUGAUAGGUCCCUGUUUGUUCCGCCGCCUGCUGCCGUAGGAGCGCCGGGAGCUCACUGUGCGGAGGGAUCUGACGCGGACUACACCCAGCCGCUGCCGCGCUGCCCCUGCCUUCUCUGCUGCCCCUGCCUUGGCGUUGGUCAGCGUCGAAGUGUGGGCUCGAUUGGAGACUCUAAAUUCGCCCGCAAGGUUUUUCCUUUUCCGAAUCCCGCCUGCCUCUUGUGCGCAGAGCUCACCUCUGAAGCUGUAGGGAUUAUUUUUUUUUUAUAUACACACUCACACAUACGGCGUCAAUCUUAAAAUAAUGUCUUGGCAGAGCUACGUGGAAAACCUGAUGGCCGAUGGCAGCUGUCAGGAUAGCGCCAUUGUCGGGUACACGGACGCCAAAUAUGUUUGGGCAGCACAUGCCGGUGGCACCUUCAACAAUAUCACGUCUCAAGAAAUUGACGUCCUUAUUGGUAAGGACAGGGAGACCUUUUACACCAGCGGUCUCACUCUGGGCUCAAAGAAAUGUUCAGUCAUCAGAGACAGCUUCAAUGAUGACACGGACGGGACAAUGGACAUCAGGACAAAGAGCCAAGGAGGAGAGCCUACAUACAAUAUCACUGUGGGAAAAGCUGGGAAAGUUUUGGUUCUUGUAAUGGGCAAAGAAGGGGUCCAUGGAGGCGGAUUGAAUAAGAAGGCUUACUCGAUGGCAAAAUACUUGAGGGAUUCAGGGUUUUAAUGUUUUCAAGCUCACUUAGAUCAAAUUGAGGGACAAAAAAAAAGAAGAGAAAAUAAAUAUUGCUGUUAAGAUUUCUCCUGCAAGCAGUCAAAUGUCUUGGAAACUUAAAAUAGCAAUGAAGAUGUGGUUAAGAUACUGUCACCUUUGUCCCCCUUCACCCUGUAGGGGGGGAGACUCUUCAAUUUUUUUAAUUUCUCUUUUUUUCCUACUGUGCCAGUAUUGGUAUUAGUCAUGGCAAAGGAGGCGGUCCUUGGUGCAACUCUUAACAAGAAAGCACAUGAAAUGGCUAAUUACCUGAUGAUGUCUGGAUAUUAAGCAACCUCUCCACCCAUCCAUCAACUUAAGCGGCUCAUUCUCACUCAACCGCAUUGUGCCGACACUACUUCGAGGAUAAGAUGGCAUACAAAGUUACUUCCGCCGUGGUCUACUUUUAUAUACCAACCCCCCCAACCUCCCCCAAUUUUUUCUUUUUUUUCAGGAAAAAAACAACCAACUUUAACAUUGUACUUCUCAUGUUUUGGGCAUGUUGGCAUGUUCUUGCGAAAUAUAUUGCAAAGUGUAAUAAAAGUGUUAAAUAAGAAUUUGCCUUGUAUAACAUUCACUUAGCAACUGGCUAAUAUUCCAAGGGGAAGUACAUAUGUAAUGGUGCAUAGUUGUUUUGUUUUUUUGAGCAUUACUAAAAUAUGCUAUUUUUUACAUCAGCAUGUGCGCAUUUAAAAGUGGCAUGCAUACCCCUCUCUAGCAUACAGAUCCCAGCACUGUCUUCUCUCUGUCAAGCAUAAUAUUCCUGCCAAAAUCCAUCUUCUCAUCCGCCUCCAUCUUCAAGUCUUCAUAACCUCCCUCAAAGAAACAACAAAUUUCCUCUGACAAAGUCCUGUAUGUGCGUACCUGUUCGCCACCGUCAGGCACAUCUUCUAGCCUCCAUCACACGCUUUCGCUGUUGUACCUGAAUGUGGUCUUAAAAGUUAUUGAUGUGGUGUUGGACUGUUGUUUGAGUGAAGUGUAAGGUCAGCAUUGCUGAGGUCUCAAGAUAUUGUCAAGACACUUCCUGGAGUCCCGGUGGACAUUCCACCUCUGUGACAGCUCAGACAUUUGUCAUUCAGCUCCUGCUAUUUGUAAAAUUCGCUGUAAAUCACUACACACACUCAUGUGAAGUUAUUUUUCCCCCUCCACUCUGGACCAAUUGUCAGUAUAAGAGGAUUAUCAGAAUGACUUCAUCUUUUUUCUGAUGGACGAUUGUUGGCAUCCCCUGUUGGCUGUAAAUCAUUGACGACUUCAGAUGACUGUAAAACAUUUAACUGCUUCUUUAGACUUCAACACAAUUCAAACUCUUCACCACUAAUUGAUUUGUUGCUAACAUAAUGUCCAUUAACCAAUGAAAAUGCAAUGUCAUUUCACUACAGUAUGAAUGCAUUUUGACUUUAAAUUCAGGCUGUUGCUCCAGCACCUUGGAAUUACUUGCCUUGUGCUUUAGUCAUCAAAGGUGUAUUCAAAAAAUGUAAUAGUAUGGUACUUAGAAUAUAUUUAAAAGAAAAAAAAUGCUGUGUACACAAAACAUUGAAAAUGGUGUUGGUUGGAAUAAGAACAUACGUAAGUUGUCUUGUGAACAUUUUCUGAGAAUAACUGUGUAUUCUGUGCCAUAAAAAUCGAUCUGAUCUGUUGCUACUAUGAGUUGGAUUUUUAACUGCUGCCCCAGCAAGAAGUAACUUUUAAUGGCACUUUCCUAAGGGAUAUUUUGGCAUCAGUAAUCUCCAGACUUUGUGGAAUAUGUACAGAAUUAAACGAUAGAAAAAAUAAAUUUGCAAUUUUGGUCCCUUUUUUUGGUUUGUUUCUGAGAUGGAAAUUCCAUCUGCCACAAAUAUACUGUUUCAAAUGCCAUGAAUUAAUGAGAUGUCUUGUUUACAGACAUGUUAAAUAAAAGUUAUUCCAACCAGA